AUGCACCGAAUCAAACCUCAACUCUUUUGGCAAGGCCGCAAAAAACUAGGUCUUAACGCCGCCAAACUUCUUCCUGUUUGUCGAACCCUCGAAUCAACCGCCAACGAGCUCCGCUGGAUCAAACAGCAUGUCGCCGAAACCCCUUCCAUCAUUCCCUUUGGUGCCCGAGUAUGGAAGCUAUGCGACAGGCGAGGCAAAGGUCUCCCUUUGGCUUACGUGCUAGGCAACCAGCCAUUCGGUGAUCUCGAAAUCAAGUGUCGACCAGGGGUGUUGAUUCCCAGAACUGAAACAGAAUCCUACACCAUCCACCUCUCCAACAUCCUUCGCCGCUCUCUUUCCAGUUCCAAAUCAGAAUCAGAUCAACAUCAACACCAACCCCUAAACAUCAUCGAUCUCUGCACCGGCACAGGCUGCAUUCCCCUCCUCCUCUACUCCCAACUCUCACGCUCUCACCCUCUCCAGUCCCUAAACAUAGUGGGAGUCGAUAUCUCCUCAAAAGCCAUCAACCUCUCCCGCCAAAACCUGCACCACAAUCUCCAUGCGCACCGCUUCCCUCGCCCUUCCAGUCCCGGAGAUAAAUCCCAUCCACAAAGAUUGCUCCACUUCCACAAAGCCGAUAUCUUCUCUCCUACCUCCUUAGACCCCUUCCUCUCCAUCCCUUCAUUAUCAUCCACUUCCUCCUCCUCUACAGGUACAGGUGGUGAAUGGGACCUCCUGACCUCCAACCCCCCUUAUAUCUCCCCUUCAGGCUUCGCUCUGUCCACCUCCCGCUCCGUGCGCAACUGGGAACCAAAACUCGCUCUCGUCCCGCCCGUCGAGCGGUAUCAGGAAGAAGACGUAUUUUACGCAAGACUGCUCGAGAUUGCGAGGACUUAUAGGCCGAAAAGGGUGCUAAUGGAGGUUGGGGACAUGGAGCAGGCGAAGCGGGUGGUGAGGAUGGUUUUGGGGGAUGGGAAAUUGAGGGGACUUUAUUUCGGGAAUGGCGAAGGGACUAGAGGAGGAAACGAAAGGGGGGCUGGGGCAGGUGCGGUGCAGAUCUGGAGAGAUGAUUUGGUGGGGUUUGAAGGGUAUGAAGAGAUUAUGGAGGUGGGAGUGGGAGUUGAUGGACAAAAUCAAACAAUUGUGGUGAAGGGUCAUCCGGAGGGACAUGGGAGGAGUGUUUAUUUGAGGAGGGUUGGGGUGGUUGAUGAUGUGUGA